AUGGCCUCCGAGCACCCAACUCCUGCACCCAAACAGCAGCAACCAGUAAUAACUGCCUUCAAGCUGGUCAUCUAUGAGCAGGAGAACUUCCAGGGCCGGUGUCAUGAGCUGACCGCGGCCUGCAACCAGCUGCAGGAGGCGGGAGUGGAGAAAGUGGGCUCGAUUCUGGUGCACUGUGGACCAUGGGUGGGAUACGAACAGGCCGGCUGUAAGGGGGAGCAGUUUGUGUUUGAGAAGGGCGAGUAUCCUCGCUGGGAUUCCUGGACCAACAGCAGACGCAGUGAAAACCUUGGCUCUUUCCGCCCAAUCAAAGUGGAUAGUCAGGAGCACAAGAUUGUCCUGUAUGAAAACCCCAGCUUCGCAGGAAAGAAGAUUGAGAUCAUAGAUGAUGAUGUCCCCAGCUUCCAUGCACACGGGUACCAAGAGAAAGUCAGCUCAGUACGCGUCCAGUGUGGAUGCUGGGUGGGGUAUCAGUAUCCUGGCUACAGGGGCUAUCAGUACCUGUUUGAAAAAGGGGAGUACAAGGAGUGCUCAGAGUAUGGCGCCCAGCUUCCCCAAAUCCAGUCUGUCCGCCGCAUCCGUGACCUGCAGUGGCAUCAGAGAGGUGCCUUUCACACCUCCAACUGAGGGACCAGAAUCUCACCUCAAAGCCCUGCCUCUGAUGUCCUUCUCCUGCACAAACCCGCUCACCUCUCCCCCAUCUCUCUCCAAAUGCUGAUGCACAUUGCCAUUGUAUCAAUGAUACCUGCUAAACAAAUAAAUGAGUGUGCUUCUGAA